CCCGAGCAGGGUGGGCAGAGCAUGCGCAGUGGCCUCGGGAUGGCCUUAUAUAGGCUGCGAUCAGCUGAUCGGCUCCGCAUUGCAGAAGGUGGAGUUCCGGUGGCGCAGUUAUGCAGCUACUGCUUCUCGCGUGUCUGCUGGCCGCCGCAGCUGUGGCAAGCCCCCUCUUGUGGGAGAAAAACUGCGUGAAGGGUCCUGAGAUAUGGUGUCAGAAUUUGCGGACUGCGUCACAAUGUGGAGCUGUGAAACACUGUCAGCAAACUGUCUGGAACAAGCCUUCUGUGAAAAGCAUCCCAUGUGACUUAUGUAAAGACGUUGUAACAGUGGCUGGGAAUCUCUUGAAGGACAAUAGCACAGAGGGUGAGAUCCGUUCUUAUAUCGAGAAGAUAUGUGAGUUCCUUCCUGACCAAGGCCUGGUAUCUGAGUGCAAGGAGACCGUGGAUGCCUACCUACCAACUGUCAUGGACCUGAUCAAAGAAGAGUUAGAUAAUCCUGAAGUAGUGUGCAGUGCUCUCUGCUUGUGCCAGUCCCUUCAGAAGCACCUUGCUGCAAUGAAACUUCAGAAAUCACUCCAGUCCAACAAGAUACCUGAACUGGACUUCUCAGAACUGGCAUCUCCCUUCAUGGCUAAUGUGCCUCUUCUCCUUUACCCUCAAGACAAGCCCAAGCAAGAAUCUCAGGGGGCUGGGGAUGUGUGCAAAGACUGUGUUCAGCUAGUUACUGAUGUUCAGGAAGCUGUGAGGACCAACUCAUCCUUUGUGAAUUCCUUAAUUGCUCAUGCCAAGCAGGAGUGUGAACGCUUGGGACCUGCCGCAGCUGACCUGUGCAAGGACUACAUCUCCCAGUAUUCAGACUUGGCUAUUCAAAUGAUGAUGCACAUGCAGGACCAGCAACCAAAGGAUAUCUGUGUCUUGGUUGGAUUCUGUCCUUCCCUGAAAUCUGUGCCCCUCCUGACUCUGGUGCCGGCAAAAGUGAUGCAUGAAGUGAAGAUGGAGUCUGUGGAGGAGAUGCAGAAAAACCUGGUGCAAGCGGAAACCAUAUCUGUCUGCGAUAUAUGUGAGACAAUGGUGAAAGAGGUGACCAACCUGCUGGAGAACAACAGGACAGAGGAGGAAAUAGUGUAUGAAAUGGAGAAGAUCUGCUCUGUGUUCCCUCAAAGUAUCAAAGACCAGUGUAAGGACUUUGUGGAAACCUAUGGCAAAGCUGUCAUUGAUAUGUUGUUGGAGGCAACUAGUCCCGAAACUGUAUGCAUCAUGCUGAAAUGCUGCACCAGCCGCAAGCCUUCUCAUGAAGUGAGAAUUGCUCCGGAGCCGUUACAGGCUGGCGGCUUCUGUUACAUGUGCAAGCUGGUUGUACGUUCCUUAGAGAAGCACCUGGAGACGAAUGCUACAGGAGCUGAAAUUGAGGCUGUACUUGAAAAAGUCUGUCACUUCCUACCAAAAUCUAUCCAGGAGGAGUGUGUUCAGUUUGUGGACCAAUAUGAGCCGAUGCUUCUGACAAUCUUGACAGAGAUAAUGGACGCAACUUUUGUAUGCACUAAACUAGGAGUCUGUGUGUCGACUAAACAGCAUCUCUUAGGGUCAGAAGAAUGUGUGUGGGGCCCAGGCUACUGGUGUAAGAACAUGGAGACUGCAGCUCAGUGCAAUGCUGUCGAGCACUGCAAACGUCACGUGUGGAACUAGAAGAAAUCUUUAAUUCUGAAAAUGUGCAGGGUGUUUGUGUGUUUUAAAUUGUGGGGUAUGGUUGGCGGGAGAGCUGAAUCUCCCUCCUCUCCUUGCCUUCUUAACUUCCCAAUCCUGAAGUUCCUUUGUUGUCAUUCUUUUAUAGUAGUGCUGCAGAAGGUUCUGAUCUGCAACAUUGACAUAACAGGCUAUUUCUGAUCAUACAGUUUAGUUGAUUUUACGCUAAAAGAAUAUGCAUUAUACUGUGGAUUUUGACCAGUAGGGUGGAGUAUUACAGUCCUGGAAGGAGUGGCAUACAGUUCAAGUGAAAUGAAGACACAAGCUUCUUGUGUCAAUUCUGAAAAGGAUCAGGAUAGUGUCUAAACUUUAAAUGUUUUUGUAGUCACUGGUUGGGAAGACCUCCCUAUGCUCUCGAGUGCUCUGCAUAAACAUCUGGCAAGAAUAUGAAAUUGUACAGUAAUUGUAAAGUUAAAUUUUUUCCUUGUGUAGUCUGCAGAUGGUGUUAGGGUAAAUAAGUCCACAAAUCCCUUUGGAAUUUUCAAAGCUUUAUAGUUAUGUAAAGAAUAUGCACCUAAAAAAUAUUUAGAGGGGGUGUGUGUGUAAGUAAGGUCUUUGUGUGGGAUGGGGCAGCUUUUGUGUUGAGCUCAUGGCCAAGGUUUAAAGAUGUGAUCCAGUGUAAAUAGAUCAUUGAUUUCAGUAGACUUGUGGCCUGGUCCAACCAAGUUGUGGGAGUGGGAUGGGCCACAUAGAAGGUUUUAUGAAGUGAAAAGUUAGAAAUCCCAGAGCAUGCCUGGGCAGUGGGUUCUCCUUGGUCCUGGCCAGUGCUAAAGAGACUACCUGUGGGGAAUUUCAAAUAUAUCUUGUCUGUUGGGGGAGGGUUAAUGUGAGACAACAAAAGCAAAGCUGUGUGCAAUGAAAGUGAGCUCUAGCUAAAAAUGUGUGAGGGAAGAAAAAGAGGAGGGAUUGAGGUUAGGUCUCCACACACAAAUGCCCUGUGGAUGAGCAGUGCUCAUGUUUGCUUCCUUGGAUCCAUGAUGUGGGCCUUGGUGACCUAAGAAGCUUUCCUCAUCUGCUGGGCAUGGAGGUGAGCAGACACCUCUGGUUGAAGUCUGGAAAUGGUAAUGAUCUGGGGCAUUGUGGUGCCAUCACUACCAAGAGGAGGACUUGCUGCCCUACUCAGGAGCGCGUACAUGUCUGCCUCCUUUGUAUCACCUCCAUGCUGCCUGAUGGUGAGGUGCUGGCCCCUGUGUGGGUGGAAAAUCCAGACUGCAGGAGCUUGGAGCAUCCUGGCCAUUUCCUCUGGACCUCAUUCUAGAGGAUCCAGUCCAGAGUGUCCCACGCCACAGGCAAUAGGCAAACAUUUAAGGCACGGGUCAUCCCACUCCCAUUGAAAGACCCUAAACUAGUUUGCUGCUGCUGCUUUUCACCAGCCUCAUAGCACCCAUAUCGAGGUACAAAAUGGUCCCAGUAAGCUAAAUCAGUGGAUCUAGCACAUUUUGGUCAAGGGAGUGUAUGAAAGAGGGCAGUGAUUAAUCUAAAGGGUGGGAACAGAGUGGCGCAAGGUGUUUUAUUUCAGAAGGGCACUGAUCUUGUUUUGAGGUUCACCCAGACAGCUGGUGUUAAGAUGGUACGUGCUUCAGUGAUCCAGGACUCCAGAACAGCCAUCAGGCUCCCUGGCUUUGCCCAGAGCUGCCACCCACUUUCAUCCACCCCUCAAUCUGUCAGCAUCACCAGUGCUCCAGGAGAAACCCUGCAGGACACCCAUUUAUACAGAAGUGCUCUGCUUGUGGAAGGCACACUGAAAAUAAUAGCUGCUUGUACAAGAGAUCUGUUUCUGGCAGCUGUGUUAGCCUGCAAGAGGGGGGGGGCGGGGGGGCGGAAAUCUUGUGUUAAUGCUGAGCCUAUGCAGCAGACCACAUCCCUGCCUGGAUUCAUGCAACACCAAGCCUGGAUAAUCUCAUAGUACCAUACUAGAGCAGUGGUUCUUUGCGCACCAAAGAAAUGGGGUCCUUUCUAUAGCCUGAGCAUUAGAAUAAUGGAAAAGACAUUUCAAGAAUGUCAAGGUACAUUAAACCCUAGCAAAAUGUGGUAAUACGUUCCUUUAUUUGUAACCUUUCAUGAGCAUUUUUUCAUAUUCAUUUCUUCAGAGCACAUAAACCCAAUGGCAUACACUCCCUUAGCACGCAGUGAGGAGCAAACAGGCACAGAACACCUCAGCCUUCUGUCUUUCUAGAGACUAGAAAACUGUCAAACCAUUGGCAAAAUCCCACUUACAUGGACAUCGACUGGCUCCCCAAACUGGCUUUGUACCACACAACUAAUUACCAGAUUUGAGUGCAUAGUUCUGAACAGAAUUUGUUUUAAAAAAAGGAGAAAAAAAAAGCACCUAAAAUAAACAUUAAAAAUGUCUGGAGAAGAGAAUAUGUACUGCUGAGCACAUAACUCUCAAAGUAGGCAUAGCUAGAACUUUGAAAAUUCCAGUUUCCGCUUAUUCAGAGAGCUGCCCAUGAUAGUCUGCUUCUCUGUCUGGGCACUCUUUUGGGGUGGGAGUGUGGAGUGGAGGGCAGUUUGAGCAGCACACUUCAGGAACAAGCAAACUAAUGCUUUUGAGUUAACUUAAAACCACUCAGUUGCAGCUUUACUUUCUCUAGCUGUACAUCCUAGUUGACUGAGAUCAGUGAUUUUAUGUAUUUUUGUUUGUAUACAACUCUAGAAGUUCUUAUUUAAAAAGAAGAAAAAAGGCUGUACAAAUACUAAGCAUUUGCAGUUUUUCUCCAUGAUUGCAGGUUUGUGCAGUGGCUUCUGUCUCAUCGUGGGGGGGUCCUUACCCAGAACUGGGGGAGAGAUGUUUUCAGGAAAUAGUGCGUUCUCCUUAACAGUAGUAUCUCUGCCCUAGAAUUAUAGGAUGUGUGAUACUGCAACCUUAAAUCUUUUAAACUACAUGGCAUCCUUUUUAUUGUGGCGGGGGGAUAACAUGUUAGUUUUCUAUAGGUGACAAGGUUUUAAUUGUCUUGCUUUUUUGGGGAAGCAAAUGAUUAACAUAGUCGCAUUUGGUGCAAGGUGAAUUGGGAGCUGUUCUGUGUAGUGUUUCAAUACUGGUGUUCAGAACUUUUACUUUUUCUUUCUCCUGUAGAACAAUAGCAUUGUCUUCCUCUAGACUAGAGGAGAAAAACAUGCAGUUGCUUUCUGUAGAACAUUGUCUUGAUUUUGCACUAAAGCUUCUGUAAUUAACAAUAAAGACUUCCUGAAAACCUGA